AUGACUUCCCUCACCCUCCGAGCUGCAGCAUUAGCAGCCCUCGCUCUAUUUCGCGAUGGCGUCCGCGCAACAACCAUCGAACUGCCUCCCUGCCUGGACCCCUUCCAACCCUUCAUCUACUCCGGCUGCUACGCCGACACCGGCAACCCUCACGCUCUCAGCCUGCGUAGCCAGCUCGACCAGCAAAACAUGACCAUCGAGAAAUGCGUCUCCGUCUGCAAGGGCAACGGCUUCCGCUACGCCGGUCUGGAGUACUACGGCGUGUGCUACUGCGGCGAAACCGUCAACGGCCAGCAGCUGGACGAGGAGCAGUGCAACUACCCCUGCACCGGUAACUCCUCGCAGGUCUGCGGAGGCACUGAUAUCAUCUCCAUCUACCAGGAUCCCACUUUCUUGCCGGUUGAUGAGGUCACCAUUGCGGAUUAUGAUCAUCUUGGAUGCUGGACUGAUGAUUCCGCGUACGGAAGGGCGCUGGCUUAUCCCCAGGAUCAGCUUGAUGGGGCCACAUUGACGACUGAGAAGUGCUUGCAAGCUUGUCGUGAUGGCGGGUAUCCGUUUGCUGGGACUGAGUUUGGCGGCGAGUGUUGGUGUGGUGUUGUCAUAGGCAACGGGACCUUCUCCGCCCCUGAUAGCGAGUGUGACAUUCCUUGCAAUGGAAACUCCACGCAGACUUGCGGCGGUCGUGCUCGUCUCAACCUCUACGUCGCCAACGAGCUUCAGUCCCUCGAGCCCUGUGGAUAUGUGCCACCUCCCCCAGGAAGCAGCAGCAGCUCUUCCGUCCCAGCAUCCUCAUCAUCAACGACUUCAGUUGCUUCUUCCUCGUCUACCCCAGGCGUGACCAGCUCGACCACGGCAACUUCUGAUAUACCCUCUUCCACUACUACUUCUUAUACCCUCAGCUCAACCACCACCACCACUUCCACCACUCUAGCCACCACCACCUCACCACCGCCUACUACUAUUUCCACAACCGUCUCCACCACAGCCACCACAACCACCACCUCCUCCAUCUGCAAAGAAACCGUCACCCUCCCGCCCACCUGCGAGUACAAGUGCGGCAAGUGGUGUUCCUCCCCUCUUCCCGAAUGGGACUCCCCCCAGUCCUGCUUCCCCAGCCACGCCAACUGCUUCCUCCAAGUAUCCGCCUGCUUCAAGCAAGCCGGGUGGCCUGGUGCGCUCGACUGCUUCGGUUUUGCCGAGUGGUGCUCCGCCCUCAGUGUCUACUGCAAGGGAUCAGGAGGAGGAGGAAAGUCCGGCGGCGUCUGCUCCAAGAAGGAUUUCUGGAAUCACAAGCCGCCUUCGUCAUCGCCCCCCUCCCUUCCCGGACCUGGUGGUGUUCCGACAACGACGGUGAUCACGGUUCCUUGUCUCCCUGUUAGCACUGGCAAGCCAACAUCUACUUCCACCAAACCGGCAACGACAACGACAACCAGCAGCACCACCACCACCAGCAGCACCAAAUGCCCAAUCCCAACCUCCACCUCACUCUGCAAGUCCCCUUCCUCCAACAAACCCCCAGUAGGCGGAAUUCCUCUCCCCGUGGUAACCUGCAACGACCUCCUCUCCUCCUUUGCCUCGGGUCACCCCUUCAAGCUGUACACGGACUCGGAUUCCAGCAAAUGCAAGUCGUACGCUCGCUCGUCGUUCUCGACGGCCUGUCUGGACGCGUGCCAGGAGCAGUACGAUGAUUGUGUGGAUGUGUACGCCAAGGGGUGCAAGGAAGGGAAGUACGGCAAGGACGAUUCGACUUCGUAUGCGGGGGCGGUGCAAAAGUGCAAGGAGCAGUAUGGGGAUUCAACGCGAAAUCUAAUCAGAUAUCAGCGUGAGAAGUCUGGAGGAAACAUGGCUCUUGAUACCUCAUAUGCCCAGGCCUAUUCAACAAUAGCACUUGAACGUACAGGACAAUGA